UCUUUCAUUCCUUGCACACUUCCUUUUAGCAUCUGAUUUCCUCAUUGUGAUCAUCUCUGAGGAUUCUUACACCAAUGAUAUCAUAUACAUACAUAUGUAUAUAUAGUCAUGAAUUCAACAGAGGCCUUUAUAUCAUCGUUUGAUUUGGGAAAGCAUGGAACAGGAGUAUAUUAUUUUGCUUCAGAAAAUCUUGGUAGUUCUAUUUUCUGUAACUUUGUUCUGGAAGAUAAUCAAGCACAUGUGUGGUCUAUUGAUCAUAGAAAAAGAGCCUGUGACGGUACUCGUUACCGGCGCUGCAGGACAAAUUGGCUAUGCUCUUCUUCCCAUGAUUGCUAGGGGGGUCAUGUUAGGCCCUGAUCAGCCUGUAAUUAUUCACAUGCUUGAUAUCGAACCCGCAGCUGAGGCCUUGAAUGGAGUCAAAAUGGAACUGAUUGAUGCAGCCUUUCCUCUGCUCAAAGAUGUUGUUGCGACGACCGAUGUUGUCGAAGCCUGUCAGGGCGUCAAUAUAGCUGUCAUGGUUGGCGGAUUCCCACGGAAAGAAGGUAUGGAAAGGAAGGAUGUGAUGUCCAAGAACGUAUCGAUUUAUAAAGCUCAAGCUUCGGCCUUGGAACAGCAUGCUGCCCCUGACUGCAAGGUGCUAGUGGUUGCCAAUCCAGCCAACACCAACGCACUUAUCUUGAAAGAAUUUGCACCUUCAAUUCCGGAGAAAAACAUCACUUGCCUUACUCGUCUCGAUCAUAACAGAGCAUUAGGCCAAAUCUCUGAGAAGCUAAACGUUCAUGUUAGCGAUGUGAGGAAUGCUAUCAUAUGGGGAAAUCACUCGUCGACUCAAUAUCCAGACAUUAAUCAUGCAACUGUCAAAACCACAAAUGGAGAGGAAUCUGUUAGAGAUGCCAUAGCAAAUGAUAAUUGGUUGAACACCGAGUUCAUUACCACGGUGCAGCAGAGAGGGGCCACCAUUAUCAAAGCUCGCAAGCUAUCGAGUGCAUUGUCAGCUGCAAGUGCUGCUUGUGAUCAUAUACGUGAUUGGGUUAUUGGAACACCCAAGGGAACAUGGGUGUCCAUGGGAGUGUACUCUGAUGGGUCAUAUGGAAUUCAGCCUGGCAUCAUUUACUCCUUCCCAGUUACAUGUGAGAAAGGACAAUGGUCAAUUGUUAAUGGGCUCAAGAUAGAUGAAUUGUCGAGGGAAAAAAUGGAUGCAACGGCGAAAGAGCUGAUGGAGGAGAAAACACUUGCCUAUUCUUGCCUGAUUGAUGAUUAAGUGAAUGAAUAGUUGGAGACUAAUCAGUAACUAAUGAACUCAUGAAAAUCAUUAUCAUAAUAAUAAUAAGGGAGAUAAGGCAUUUUGUUCUAACUUUGUGUUUAUUUGCAGUGAACAUCUGUCUUUAUACAUAAAUUUGCAAAAUUUCUCAUUCACGUCAAUACUACGUUAAUUGAGGAUUCCGAAAUAAA